UUUUCAUCUUUCUAUCUCUCACAGAAGUGUGUGUGUGUGUUUGAAAUCUAAAGAUAGUAAGCAAAUAAUAUCCCUCUCCCUCUUUAACAGAUCUGCCAUGAAAGAUACACUUGACUGUUGUCCACUUCCACUGUUUGAAACCAAAAGCAGCAUUGAGAGAAAGUGAGAGUGAGAGAGAGAGAGAGAUGUUGGAAUUGAGAGGAGGAGGGUCUUGCUUUCCACAGCUCUUGGUGGGUGUAAAUGUGGGUCUUGCUCUAGUUGCUGCCGUCAUUGCUCUUCUUGCAUUCUAUCAGUUGAUAAGGAUUCACUCAAGGAAUUCACAACUUGGCUGGACUCGCCAAAAAGUGUUUCACCUAAUGAUUGGCUCUUCUAAUAUGGGUUACUUCAUUUAUUUUGUAUUAACUCUUUUCGCUACAUGCAAGGGUUGGCCAUGUUGGUCAAACUCUUGUGGUUUUAUCCUCAUGGCUUUCCCCAAAAUUCUGUUUUUUGCAGCAUUUCUUCUACUUUUAUCAUUCUGGGUUGACCUUUGCCAUCAGGCAAAUGAUGAGGAUGAUGAAGAUGAGGACAGCAGUUCUCAGGAAGCUUUAUUGGAUAAGACCUCAAAUAAGUCAAGUUCAUCUAAAACAGAUACUCAUAGAAAGUGUUUUCCCCUCCGCUUUCACCAUAUUGGAAGCCGCCAAAAGAUUGUAAUGUUGGUUACUGUGCUAGUUUUUGUUAUAAUGUUGGCAUGUGCUGUAAUAAUCUGGAUUGGGAUGGGAAACAAUUCUGUUGAUUCUGCACUCGUGACUCGGGUGUAUGUAGACUUUUUUUCCAUAGCAAUACUUUUAUUAGGAGGAGCAUUAGCAUGUUAUGGACUUCUAUUAUGCUUGAAAAUGAGCAAAGUUAGAUCUGAGCGAGCUUCAUCUGAAAUGUGGAAGGUUUCAGGUUUAGCUGUUGUUUCUGUGAUCUGUUUCACUUCAAGUUCUUUUGUUGCUCUUUUAACUGAUAUUCCGAUGCUAUAUCACCGGCCGCAACAUCCCAUGAGAGUUGUUUAUACGUCUCUCUUGCUCAUUUUGUAUUAUUUUAUAGGUUCAUCAACACCCUCAGCUUUUAUAUUAUGGAUCAUGAGAGAAUUACCACCAUUAAAAGCAGAAAACAUACAAGAAGCAAGUACAAUAACUUUCAUCACUGAUAGUUCAGCAGUAAUACAACAUCCUCAGCGCUGGACAACUUCAACGAGCUUGCAGAAUCAGAUAUCAAGAGUGAGUCCAAUAUAAUUGCCUUUCUGGAUGCAAAUGGGUGCUCUCUUUCUGCCAAAUUAGAGAAGAAGGCUUGGAAUUUAUAAUUGAUUGAGAAUGGCUUGGUUGUUACCUUGAGAGGUAUCAACACAAGCGGCUGAGUUACAUCCUUGACUGGCAGUCAGACAGCCGUAAGGUUGCUGUUGCCCAUGGUUUUGACAUUCUUGGCGUGUAUAUAUUGAAAGUAUGCUAAGUGAGGGAUUUUUUUGUGUAUGCACUAGUUCCAAAAAUUUUGAGGUGCAAAUUUUUUCCACUGGUGAAUUCAAAAUGCCUUGCAUUUUAUUCCA